AUGGCUACCCCCAGUGUCCUUACUUUUGAUGCUGAGGGCCGUGCCGUUGACUUUGAGGUCUGGGUCGAUGACCUCCAGCUGUUUCUCCAGUGCGAUAGGGCAGACGGACUCUCUCUGUUCCAUCUCACCUCUGGUGUCUCUCCUGCCCCGCCUGCCACUGCUGACAGCACUGUUCGCUCACAGUGGGCCACACGCGAUGCUGCUGCUCGCCUUGCUGUGCGUUGCCACUUACCGACCACUGAGCGUGCACACUUUAGCCAGUACAAGAGUGCUCAGACCUUGUACGACGCUGUAGUUGCACGGUACUCUUCCCCUACCACUGCUGCACUAAGCCGCUUCAUGCUACUGUACCUCUUCCCUGACCUUGCUGCCUUCCCCACAGUCGCUGACCUCAUUACGCCCCUCCGCACUAGUGACACUCGCUACCGCGCUGCGCUUCGUGCUGAGGACCACUUCCUCUCAGUUUGCCCCACCACUCUCACCGUUGACCUCCUCGAGAAGAGCCUCCUAGCAGCAGAGAAGAGCAUAGUCGCUCCGACCUCGUUGGUUUCGAGUCGGUCGGCGCUGCGUCUGCCCCUAGCAGGAGACGCCACACCGGGAAGGGCAAGGGGGGCAAGGGCGCUGGAGGGGCUGGCGGGGGCGGUGGAGGUGGUGGUGGAGGCAGUGGAGGGGGUGGGGGUGGUGGUGGGAGUGGUGGCGGGGGUGGAGGUGUCGGUGGCGGCAGUGGAGGCGGAGGAGGCGGCGGCGGUGUUGGAGGGAGCGAAGGCGACGGAGGUGGUGGAGGCGGCGGAGGCGGCGGAGGUGGCGGAGGCGGCGGCGGCAGCAGUAGACCUGGUCGCAGCUCUGCGCAAAGGAGUGGCUCUGGUGGUGCGCGGUGGGGGUACGGGUCCCUGCACCUACGUUCUCCGCACCGGCGACCGCGCUGGUGAGCAGUGCGGGGGCCCGCACUCCACCCAGCGCUCCUUCGGCCGCUUGAUGGACGCGUGGCGUCACCAGUUCCUCGAGGCCUCUGAGAUCCCUCGCUGGGGAGAGCUGUCUAGGGCGAGGGUUGCUAUCUUUGGUCUUGAUUUUGAUGCUAUUCUUGCUGCCAUGUAUGCUGUUGCUGAUAGUGUUGAGGGUGACUGUUACCUAUGUGUUCCGCAUGACCCGGGCAUUGAGGCUGCUGCUCUAGGUGCUAGUGAGGCUGCUGCUCUAGGUGCUAGCGCGUCUGCUGCCACAGGUGCUGGUGAGUCUGCCCUCUCAGGUACCACGUCGGCUUAG